AAUAACUGAAUGUUACUUUUUUUUAAAACGUAUUGACUAACUACAUAGAGUAACUACAUAGGCAUGUCGGUCUGCUAUAUUGUAAAUCGAUACAUUUAUUGACUACUAAUUACAAAAAACGGAGUUCUAUCACGAUGAAUAAUGGAUUCUGAAAUUUCGCGCCAAGAACUUCCGGGUACUAAUGAAUCACGUGACGUGCGAGCAAAUUGGGUGGCACGUUUUUGCGUCAUACGUCACGUCCCUCUUGGCUCCGCCCAUAGCGUCAGCGAGCACACGCGCUGUUGUUGUGAUUGACAGACAGACUGGAAGAGCCAUCAUCAUGUUGAACUUUCGUUUCUGCCUCUCGCCGUCGCAAACAUGUCGUAAGUGACCAGAGCAACGAUGUCCGACAUACUGAUGAAGGAAAUGGAGAGUUUAUCGAUCGGUUCUGUGACGCCGGACGGCGUCCGCAGCUUCCUGUUGGUGGACGAACAAGAAAACCUGCAGGUCCGCGAUGAGUCAGAGUUUUUGGACAGACUCGGGUGCGGGGAGGUCGCAGGUGUCAAGGUCCUCUCCAUCUUCGGCAACACAGGCGACGGCAAGUCCCACACCCUCAACCACAUCCUGUUCGGUGGCGAGAGUGUGUUCUACACCUCAAAGUCCCCCAGCUCUUGCACGGUGGGAGUGUGGGCCGCCUACGACCCCACCCUCGGCCUGGUCGCCCUGGACACCGAGGGCCUGCUGGGUGCAGCAGCCAACCAGAACCAGAGAAUGCGGCUUCUGCUGAAGGUGUUGGCAGUGUCCGAUAUUGUUAUCUACCGUACACGGGCAGAACGCCUCCACAACGACAUGUUCCACUUCCUGAGCAACGCCUCUGGGGCCUACCUGAAGCAUUUCACCCCGGAGCUCCGUGCCCUCUCCAGCCGCUGUGGCCUGGACGUACCCCUCUCUUCUCUUGGGCCGGCUGUCGUGGUCUUCCAAGAGACAACACACACUCAGUUGUUGGGUCAUGAGUCCAAGGUGGUAGGCCAUGCCGACACGCUGCUCAAGAAGCGUUUUCACGACCUGGGCUUGGGCACAGACGCCUUCAGCUCGGUCCAGUACGUGGGCAUCCAGACCAUCGCGCCUCCCACAGACUACAACACCCUGCUCGAGGCCACGAGGCAGCAAGUGAGGAACACUCACACUCGCUCCCCCCGCCAGCCAGGGAUAGUGUUUCACGCGCUGGAAGCCCUGAGUGAGCGUUUCUGUGGGGAACUGUCCGCCGACGAGAUGCCCAUGUUCUCCUUCUUCCCAGACGAGUACUUCACCUGCUCUGCAGUCUGCCUCAGCUGCAACGUUCGCUGUAAAAAUGGAAUGAACCACCUGAGAGACAGGGUACCUCACGUGGCAGAUGGGCUCUGCCAGUACGCACAUCAGUACAACAACAAGGUCCUCAUCUGUAAAAGAUGUUAUGAAGGAGGCAGAGAGGUGAUUGUUGUGCCCAAGACAUCAGCUUCCUCUGACAACCAAUGGUUUGGGCUUGCCAAAUAUGCCUGGUCAGGCUUUGUGUUGGAGUGUGCAAGCUGUGGCGUCAUCUACCGCAGCCGACAGUACUGGAUGGGAAACCAGGACCCUGAGAGCAAUGUGGUGCGAUCCGAGGUUAAGCACGUCUGGGAGGGCUCGGACACCUUCAUGUCCACCCACCAGAACGCCGCCCAGAGGGUCCUGGAUGGGAUGAACUACAUGAUUCAGUCGGUGUCGGAGUACAGCACAGGCCCCACCAAAGCUGUCGCUGCCUGGCUCACUGACCAGGUGGCGCCCCCCUACUGGAGACCCAACAUCGAGAUCACCGCCUGUCACGGCUGUCAGAAGGUGUUUGAGGAGGCAGAGAGGAAGCACCACUGUCGUUCUUGUGGGGAAGGUUUCUGCCAUCCCUGCUCCAGCCACAGGAUGCCGGUGCCAGAGAGGGGUUGGGGUAACGGGCCCGUCAGGGUGUGUAAGGCCUGCUACCGCCAGGGAGGGCCGGCCGACACUAACAGUCAGGUGUGCAAGGUGGAGCCUCGUGGUCUAAUAGCUCGCAGGGUGACGGAGGUGGCUCAGUCCACACUGGACAUGGUCACCACGGCGGUGGACUACCCUCUCUGUUUUGUGAAGGACGUGGCUCGACCGGACUACUGGGUGCCCGACCAUGACAUCACCCAGUGUCACCAGUGCUCCAAAACCUUCACUCCAGUCAUGUCCAAGCACCACUGCAGGGCCUGCGGUCAGGGCGUGUGCGGCCCCUGCUCCACACACCUGAGGGCUGUGCCCUCCCGAGGCUGGGACCACCCAGUCAGAGUGUGUGACCGCUGCCAUGCCCGCACGGACAGCCUGUGAUUUUCGUACAACCAGGAGAAACAUCUCUUAAAGUUGAUCUGGUCGAUAAACAACAUCACUGUGAAUCCUGGCACUGCUGCUCCGAGGGAUCGAGAGGGAUUAGCUUUGCAGAACGAAAUGACAACAACUGGAAUCAGCCUUGUUAAUAUGUGGGGGAAAUAUUGAGCUGCUCAGAUGCUUAAAAACGAUCACCGCCUGGAUUCCAGACUCUUCUCAGAACCGACCUUGGAUCUGCUUUCCAUCUCAACUCUGCGUCAGUUACGAGACCCGGUUCGUCCACACUCACAGACCCAGUCGACCUGCUCUCAGACUGGACUGGACAAAUGGAAAUCUGGCUGACUUGUGUUUUUAACUGACUGGCUGUAGUUUUGAAAAAUGAAAACAUGCAGCUUCUUUUCUAAUUCAGGGUUCCUGCACAAUUUUUUAAUUUCAAAAUUCCAGACUUUUUCCAGACUGCUCGGUCGAUUUUUCAGACUGUAGUUUACAUAGGAGCACAAACAGCUAGAUGUUUAUUUUGUAAAUAUUAUUAUAUUAAUGAAUAUUACAUGUUAUUUUAUAUAAUUUUAUAAUAUAGGUACAUAUCAUUACUUUAAAAAAACAAAUGUUAACAUAUCACAUUCUGACUGUAGCUGUUAUGUUGCACUUCAUACACAGAAAAUGUGGAUUAAUAUUGAAAUAUUUAUACUUCAAAUUCUGACAUUACCUGUUUCGGGACUGAUUCUUAAAUUAAAAGAUUGAUAUUCAAACUUAGUAAUUUGGGGUGAAUGUGUAUUUUAUCAUCAACAGGGGAAACAACAGAAUAAAGUAACUAGCCAUCACCAAGAUAAUCUAAAUAACGCCCGGUAGAUAGGAACUACUUAUCCUUCCGCCGGUCAUAGUCACAUGCAAACUACAACUCUGUAGAUACAGUAGUGACAGUGGGAGUUACAGAGAGUGUGUUGCUAUGGUGACGUUUAUUGCUGACCGUGGGAAAGUGAUUCACGAGACUAGAAAAGAUUGAGACGGAUCUAAAAUCUGUUUAGACUUCAGUCUGGAAACUAAAGUAUUUUUCCAACCUUUCUUUUCUUUUCUUUUUCACAAUCUUAUCCUGACCUGGAAAUUACCCAAAUCAAAUUCAAUCCCUUUCCAUACGGUGUAGGAACCCUGUUGAUAUUUAACAUCAACGCCUGAACUCUUAACGUGCACUCGAGUGUCGUCUUCCUUUCUCCAUUCAUUUGCAUUUGCACAACUCUGCAGCAGAUUGCCUGUUCUGAAAUUUGAAAAUAAAUAGAUGAAAAACAAGUAAAAGAGAUGUAUGGGGAAUAGUGGGAGAUCUUAUCGUUUUAUAUGGGACUUUUAAAAGCACUUUGUUUCAAAGAUUAUCAAGCCGUCAUCACCACUACAACUACUUGCAUCGUUUCUCGUUCGCCUUCAAAAGAGUUAAGCUUGCGUUGAUUUUUGUCCUCAUAAUCUUCUCCCGAACCAUCUCGCUGAAUCUGGUAAAGAGGGAUAUGAAAAAUUACGGAAAGAGUUCCGACCUUUUGUUAAAACUUUUGCUUGUGUCCUCAUUGCUCAGGGGCAGAAAAAGACGCAAGGUGUAAAAACGAGCUACAGCAGUUUGUGCCUUCAUGGGAAUCUUGAUUUCCAUUUUUUUCUCGCCCCUACGGUUUGUUUUUGUCAGGGAGCGAUUUCUACAUCAUGUACAAAGACCAAUGAGAUAAUUUGUGCCUAAUUGCAGAGCAGUUUGAUUUAAUAAAUAGAAUAAAUAAACUUUGAGAUUGCUUUUAGCAAUGAAAAGUGCUCUAUAAAUGAAAUUUAUCAUUAUAUUAUUAUAAUAGCCUUGCUCCUCCAACUCUUACAGAUAUGGUGAGAUUGUUAGCAGGAUAACAUCUGUAGCAUAUCACGUUAUAGACAUUCCAGUAUGAAAAUACCUGCAUUGAUUUUGAUUUUCCCUUUCUGAUGCUUCUGAAAGAUUUAUGAAUAUAAUUAAAAAACAAAGCUGCACUCUACUGGACAGACUGAGUUGUUUUGAUUUUUUAAGAACACUCACGUCAAAUCAGCUGCAAUGUAAAGUACAACUGAUACCCUAAUUGUUUCUGUGUAAAAUACUGGAUGCGUUGAUUUUCUCUGUCUAGAAAUAACCAAUUCAAGUGUAACGAGGUUUUCCAGUGAAAUUCAGCAGUUGACAAUCUGAUUUUUUUUGUAUCAAUAAAGACGACAAAGGGA